AUGGUGAAACUCGGUCUUUAUUUCAAAGCAGACCUUGAGAAUGUGACUGACGUUGGACCUGCAGACGAAGAUUAUGAAUGGCAUUUUAAGGUAAAAUGUAAUAGUUGUAAUGAAAUACACGAGAACUGGGUAGGCGUGAACCGUCAAGCAAGCAAUGAUAUUCCUGGCUCGCGAGGAACUGCUAAUUAUGUAAUGCGAUGUAGUUUUUGUAAACGUGAAAGCUCGGCACAAUUUGAACCGAAACCAAUCAAACUAUACACAAUUGAGAAUUCUGGGAAAUUUGCAGAAAUGGCAGUGAUUGAAUGCCGGGGAUUGGAAUUUGUUGAUUUUGAACCAAGGGGUGCCGAAUCAGGUACCAUCUUUGAUGAUAUUGAUUUAACAGAUGGUGAUUGGGCUGAUUAUGAUGAAAAGGCUGGCUUACCUGUUGGAAUAUCUGAAAUAAAAGCUGAAUUUCGUCGAGUUUAA